UAUUAUUUGUUCAGGAAAACAAUCAAAUUUUCAAUUUUUAAGAAAUACUUAUCUUUAUAAUUACGAUAUUGGUAUUUAAAAAACCGAGAUAUUGCAAACACAAAUAAUUGAAAUAGUUAUUCGUCAAGGUCAUCAAAAAAUGCCAGCGUCUUUUCUUCGUGAUCGACUGAACGAUCCGUAUUCAUUAUCAUUGCUUUCUAAAACUUUGCUAAAUGAUGAAAAAGUAAAACGCGAAUUUUUUUGUUUGGAGUCGCUUUACAAAUGUAUUUUAUUGUUUUCCUUGCCGCUUGUUCAAAACGAGCACAUUAAAUUGUUUCUAUCUCAGUAGCUCCGAUGGAUACUCAAAAAAUAAAAUUUGGAGAAAAUUAUAUAAAAGAUUGCCAUCACAUGAAAACAUUAAAGACCACAUUUAAUGUUUUGUGAAGUAGAAACACAGACGAAGCCCAAAAAUGGACAUACAUUUUGACACGUAUUUUGGAAUCAAUUUUAUUUUUAGGCGAAAGAGGAUUGGCUUUAAGAGGAGAAUGCCAUAUGGUGGGAGAACAAAAUAAUGGAAACUUUAUAGGUAUUAUAGAACUGAUAAGCCACUAUGAUCCUAUUUUACGACAGCAUUUAGAAAUAGUAAAAAAAAAUGAUAAAAAAUAUAAAACAUUUUGUAAGUAAAACUAUUGACAAGUUCAUUAAUGCAAACUCAAAAACUUUUUUGAACGGUUUGAUAUGAAAACUUGUUUUUUAAGUGAAGAUCCCGAACAAUUGAAUUUAAAUAUAUAUUAUCUAGACUGUCGAGAAAUAGUGCGAAGUAUAAAAGUUAUAAGCGAUACUACAGGAAGAUCAGUGAAAUUAAUUGAAGAGUACAACUUGAUAAUUACUAUAAAAGCAUACCAAAAGCAAUACUUGCUACAAGUUGUCGCAGAUUAUAGAAAACAUUUUCCUGAUGCUAAAAGAACACAUUAAUGAAAUAAUGAAGACUAUUUAAUAAUAAUUGAUAAUAAUUUUCCAUAAUAUUUUUAUAGUUGUGUUUUUUCAUGAUUUAAGUUUAUUUUUAUUAUUUAUUAGUUUUAUAUUAUAUAUAUAUUAGAGUGGCCCAAAAAUUUCAAAAUUACCCUAUACCCCAGGGCACCCACUAUUUUUUUUACCUUCGUUGAUAGUAGUAAAGUGCCAAAAAUUCAAUGUCCUAGGUUGAGUAGAAGGCAGUGCUCAACAUCGUCAAAGUUUUUAAAAUUUUGUUAUUUCCUUAUUUCUUAAAUAUUGAUUUCUGUAUUCUUGUUUUCUUUCAGAUGCUGUUUUUGUGAAAGAAAUACCAAGAAAUAUGUCUUAAAAAUAUAUAACUAUCAAUAGUUGUUUGUGAGGACUGUUUUUAUACCAGACAUUGUUUAGGACUUUUUUUGUGAAAAUAUGGCUUUAUCAUCAACACGUCAAGCGGACACUAUAUUCUUGAUAGGUAUCAAAGAUCUAGAACCAAUAUCUCGAUUUAAUCAGUUACCAACUAUAAAGCAAGUCCUUCUUAGAUUCCAUUUUUUUCUCCAAAGGAAAAAAUCGGUUCGAAAUGCCAGUCAUAGCACUGUAGAAGAAUUAAUUUUAGUGUGGCAAAAAACAGCUAUCCCGAUUAGACUUGUAAAACAUUGUAUUGAUAAGCUUGAAAAAUUACACUCUGAAUGGCUUCUGUUAAAAAAAAAUAAAGGAAGAAUCUCUGAUACCCAAAAGAAACGUGAAACACUAUUUCAAGAGCAGCUAGAUAUGUUAUUUGACAUUGCUCACAAUGAUGCAAUUACUAUAUGCAAAGUAGAUGAAGACAGAGAAUUUUUAAUUGAUCAGAGGACGGAAAGAAAUAUGAUUAUUUCAUCAGAAGACAUGAAAUACAACAUGAAACAAGAAAGGAAAUUUCAAAGAAAAAUGAAAGAACAAUAGAGACUUGAAAAAGGGAAUGAGCCAGGGUCCUCUUCCCUGAUAUCUCCAACUGUGACUAUUUCAAAUUCAGAUGAUGAAUCAAGAGAAAAAUCUGAUUCAGCCAUAGAUAAAUCAGAAGAGAUGUAUAUGUAUAAGCCACCAUCUUCUUUUAAAAGAAGGGAAUCCCAAAAAGACUCACAGAAUGAACCAAUUGCAAAGAAAUCUUUAUUUUCUAAACAUGUCACAAGCGCAUUAGAUCGCAAUAAGGUUUCUGAUAGGGAAUCCUUAAGAUUAAUGGUCCCUAUUUCAUCGGCAUUGGGGCAUGACCCUAGUUCCUUACCAUUAUCACGAAGUACUAUUCAACGCAAAAGGAAAGAAGGAAGAAAAGCUGUGUUUGAAGAAAUAAAGCAAUGUGUUUCUUUUGACGAUCCAGUUAUUGUUCAUUGGGACGGGAAGAUUCUUCCUGAUAUUUUGGGCACUGAUAAAGUAGAUCGAUUGCCCGUAUUAGUAUCUGCAGAUGGUAAGGAGAAAUUGCUUGGAGUGCCAAAACUUGUAAGGGGUACUGGUGCAAAUGCAGCGAAUGCAGUUUAUAAUGUACUAAGUGAAUGGGGUUUGGAGAACAAAAUAGUCGGCAUGUGUUGUGCCACUACAUCCGUUAAUACAGGGUUUAAAAAUGGAGCUUGUGUUAUGCUGGAACAUAAAAUUGGAGAAGAAUUAUUAUGGCUACCAUGCAGGCACCACAUUUUGGAGAUUGUUCUCAGUAAGGUAUUUACUCUCUGUUUCGGACCAUCUAGUGGUCCUGACAUUCCUUUAUUCAAAAGAUUCAAGGUAGCAUGGCCUUUGAUACACAAAGAAAACUAUCAACCAUUAGAAAAAGCUCCUGGCAGUGAAAAUUUAAAGCUCAAUGCAGUAAAUGCUUUAUUAGUUGUCUUAGGAAGGAAUAAGCAGCCCAGAGAUGAUUACAUGGAGUUAAUAGAGAUGACUCUUCUAGCUCUGGGCCAUACUCCAUAUAAAAUUCAUUGGAGAGCUCCAGGUGCAGUACACCACGCUCGUUGGAUGGCGAAAUUGUUAUACGCCAUUAAAAUUCACUUGUUUCGUGAGGAAGACAGUUUCAAAACCACACAAAAGGAAAAAUUGCAGUUAGAACGCUUUGUGAACUUUGGAGCUCUUGUAUAUGUAAAAUAUUGGUUUGAAGCCCCUAUGGCUACAAAUGCUGCUUGGGCAGACCUUUGUCUGUGGAAAGACAUGACCAAUUAUGGAAUUAUUGAUUCUCAAAUUAGUGAAGUGGUUAAAAAUGCCAUAAAUCUCAUCUUUGGUACCUCUCGGAUGAGUUAGUUGGCUUAAGUUUAUACUCAGAGAAAGUUUCAAAUGAGGAAAAGGUAGAAAUUGUCAAUAAGAUGGAGUGUGAACCUACUGACCGGAAGGUAAGAGGAGAUUUGUCACUUUUAACUGACCAGGCCGUUUUGGCUGAUUUUGCCAAUAAAAGAUCAUUGCAGGUGUUUGAUAAAUUGAAAAUAAAUUCAAUUUUUUUGACCACACAUCCAAAUGAAUGGAACAGCAAUGAACAUUACAUUAGUGGUAAACAAAUCACAAAAAAUAUGAAAGUUGUUAAUGAUAUAGCUGAGCGUGGUGUGAAACUUUUUGAAGAGUUUAAUAAGCUUUUGACAAAUGAUGAAGAAGAGAAACAGUUGGUCCUGCAAGUUGUUGAGGCUAACAGAAAGUUGGUUCCGUCCAAAACGACAAAACAAGUAGCUGUUGAAAGUUUGAAGCCAUCAACUUCAAAGCAUUAAACCAUGUUUAUUGUUUAUUUACCCCAACCAGUACUUUCCUAUAAGAUUUUUGUAUUAUUAAUCAAUAUUAUACAAUAAAAUAAACUAAUUUACUACUACUCAGCUAUUUGUACUUAAUUUAAAACAAUCCUCAAAAUUUCCUAUUUUUCAAUUUUAUAUUUAAUAUUAAAUGUCUUUGAGCACUGUCUUCCAAUUGGAAUAUUAUCUUCAAACUUUGCCAAAAUACUUGUUUUAUUACUAGUAAAAAAAAUAGCGGGUGCCCAGAUUUGUAAACUAGUUUUGAAAUUUUGACUAUAAAAUAUGGGCCACCCUAAUAUAU